AUGGACCAGAUCCCACUCAACCAUGAGGCCUCGGCCGGCGACACGCACAAGCAGACGACAGCCACGCUGCCCGGCGAGGUGGUGCAGUGCCUCGAGAAUGCGCGCUUCCUGCACCUGGCGACGUGCACCGACAACGUCCCCCACGUCUCGCUCAUGAGCUACACCUACCUGCCCGAGUCACCCUUUUCCCAGGACCCCGUCAUCGUCAUGACCACCAACGCCGCCAGCAAGAAGACCAACAACCUGCUGGCCAACCCGGCCGUCUCGCUGCUCGUACACGACUGGGUUUCGCACCGCCCUCCCAACGCCCGCCGCAUGUCGGGCGGCUCGCCCGGCCCCGAGCACCGCUCCAGCCUCGCCAACCUGCUCCUGAACCUCAACACGUCUUCAAUCUCGUCCAUCUCGGCCACCAUCAACGGCUCUGCCCGCCUGGCCGACGCCGGCUCCGACGAGGAGAGGUACUACCGCCAGCAGCACCUCGAGAACAACACGUUCGACGCAGACGCCGGUGGUGUUGCCUCGUCACUUUUUGCCGCCGCCAACGGCGCCGCGCCUGAUGCCGACUCUGCCGCCAGACCUUCCUUUGUCGACGGCGAGGACGUCCGGGUUGUCGUCGUCGCCAUCAAGGACGUGCGCAUCAGCGACUGGAAGGGUGCCGUGAGGGACUGGGUGCUGCUACCUGCCGAGGAGCCGAGGUUAAACGGGGUGAGGUAG